AUGAUACUUCACGAACAAAAAAUUAAUUUAAAUCAAGGGCAUGUAAAUGAUAAAACUUUUGAUGAAAUUAAAAAAAUAUUGGAUGAAAAAAUGAAAGAAAAAUGUGGGGGGAAAUGGGAAAUUAAUGGAAAUAUUUAUUUUGGAGAGUUGGAAGGAAAAACUUUUUAUUUAAAAUUAUUAGAAAUGACAAAACAAAUUUUUGAAAAAAUUAAAAAUGAAAAAAAUAUUUUGCAGCAAGUUGAAGAAAAUAAAAUUUUUAAUGAAUUAAUUGAAAUGCCCGAUAAAAUUGGAGAGGAAAAGUAUCAAAAUUUCAACAUGUUUUGGGAUAAAUAUGGAAUGAUUCUUUUAGAUUUUAGUCAGGAAUUGGCUGACAGAUUAUGCUGUAUAUUAUGA